AUGUCAGCAGCUUUGAAGUUUAUGAUUAAAAAUCAUAGUGGGCCUUCAGUUACAGAUUGUAUUGCUAAAUUGGAUGAACUUGAAUGGGAUAAGGAAGAUAUCUUAUAUGUUUCAGUUGUUGUAAUCUUUGGCAGUUGUGCAGGACAUAGAGAAGCUUGGAUGGCGCUUCCUAAGGAUAAUGUCAAAUAUGGAAAUUUACGAGAUUAUGAUAUUGAUGAUGAUCUAUUGGGAGCAGUUGGGGCACUUGAUGGAACACUAGUACAUGCCGUUGUUCCAGUUUCAAAGCAAACUAUGUACAGGGGUAGAGGAAAGGGCUGGGAAGGGGUAACACAUGAUUCAAGAGUCUUAAGAGAUACAGUUGCUGAUCCGACAAACGGUUUUCCAUGGCCUCCCGCUGGUAAAUACUAUCUUUGUGAUGCAGCAUACACACACACUAGAGGAUUUAUGGUUCCGUAUCGCAAUGUACGAUAUUGGUUAGGAGACUAUCGUCGUAGACGUGCUUUGACUAAAGAAGAAAAAUUUAACCAUGCUCAUGCUCAACUAAGGAAUGUCAUUGAACGAACUUAUGGAUUUCUGAAAAAUAGAUUUCCGAUUUUAGAAAAGAUGGCCCCUUUUUCAUUAGAUGUGCAAAGAAAUAUAGUGAUUGCUUGUUUUGCGGUGCAUAAUUUUAUAAGAAAAGAGCGUAUUAGUGAUAAAUUUUUUGAGGAGCUUGAUCAACCCAAUAUGCCUUUUGAUGGUGCGAAUGAGGAUGGACAAGACCACGAGAAUGAUGGUACAACUACCGGACCAUGGUGGGGGGUCGAAGACAUGCAGUAUAUGGCUAAUGUUCGCGAUGAGAUAGCAACUCGGUUGAUGCAUUGA